GUUAGAAGUACUGUCAAACUACCCCAGCAGCUCAGCUGUUAUUCUGUUUAUAUAACCUGAAAAUAUGAUAUUUAGUAAUAUUCUAUUUCAUAUAAUGUCAAAUAGUAUAUAAAAGUUCUAUAAUGGCUCAAAAUCGAUUGUUGUGUCCUGUAUUACGAAUAUGUAAAUCUAAAACUUUUCAAUCACUUAAAAAUGUGUCUAAUAAUGGAUGCGUUAGAUACCAAAGUACAAAUAUUCCGAAAAAGAAAACCGCUAGCUCAGUUUAUAGAACUAUGAAUAUCUUUGAUAGGAAAGCUAAAAUAUUGCAAAAAAAUAGAGCAGCUCAAAGCGAUAAAUAUCAUCUCUCAGAGUAUAUAAAAGAAGAAGUGGGAUGGAGAACUGCUGACAGAAUAUUUGAUAUAAAAAGAACAUUUAAGACAGCUGUAGAACUUGGUGCUGGCCGUGGCUAUGUUUCCCGCCAUUUUCUCCCAGAUAGUGUAGAAAAAGUCAUAAUAUGUGACUCUUCACAAACACACUUGGAUAAAGCUAUUGUUGAGGAUGGUGUGGAAGUUGAAAGAGUACUUGUAGACGAAGAGAACUUUGAUUUUCCUGAGGAAAGUGUCGAUUUGUUUGUGUCCUCACUUGCACUGCACUGGGUCAAUGAUCUACCGGGGUGUUUUGAUAAAGUGAUGCGUUGCCUAAAACCAGAUGGAGUAUUUAUUGCUUGUGUGUUCGGUGGUGAUACGCUGAUGGAGCUACGUCAGUCAUUACAGUUGGCUGAAAGUGAACGUUUAGGGGGUGUUUACCCGCACAUAUCACCUUUCACCCGGAUACGGGAUAUAGGAGGGUUGCUUAAUGCGGCUGGCUUCACCCUACAGACGGUAGAUGUAGACUCUCUAUCUAUAUGGUUUCCAAGCGCUUGGCAUGUCAUGGAGGAUCUACGAGCAUUGGGCGAGGCCAAUGCAGCUUACAAUCGCCCGGUGCGAUUAUCGCGCGAUACGCAAUUUGCUGCCGCGGCGAUUUAUGAUGAGAUGUAUGGAAAGGAAAUUCCAGACCGUAAAUCACGUGGUGUUCCAGCUACCUUCCAAAUUAUAAAUUUUCUCGGCUGGAAACCAGACCCUACCCAACCGAGACCGAUGGAAAGAGGCAGCGGAGAGGUGUCAUUAAAGGAUUUGCACAAAAUUGACGAAAUUAUAAAAGAAACGAAAACUAUUGAACUUACAGAUGAUGAUAAGAAAUAAAUAGAUAGAAUUUGUUGUGUUUUAUUUAUUAAAAAAUAUAAAAAUUAA